UACAGUUGUGCGUUGAAAGGAGUCAUUCACCGGGUAUCAAUUUAACUAAAUAUAGUCUCGAUAAUUUCCAUUCAAGAGCUAUAUCUGGUGUUAUAAAGAGCAGACGGUACAGUCCCGACUUUCUUCAUUUGCAUCUAUCAUUACAUACAACUAAGGGUCUACCCCCUCGUCUCAUCAAAGAGUACAGUACUACUACACAUUACCAACAAUGGUUGUUCCGUCAGUGGGUCUUGACCAAAUCAUGGAGCAUGCUGUCUAUGAAUCUGGCUACAGCAAGGACCUCGAUCGUUUUGAUUUCGAUUAUAAAUUCGCUCAUGAUCAGUUCGUGAAGGGCAGCUGUGUAUUCCACAGAGUGCUGUUCGUCAUAAUGGCUGUAUCACUUGCCUGCUUGGGAAUCAUUGCCUUGAAACGUCUAUUCAGACCAGUGCUUCAGAGACCUUUGAUACCACUAUACAAGACCUCGGAAGAGUACUCGUCGUCCACUAUCUCAUCACAGGUCCUAACACACGACAGCGUCCCAGAACUGUCUCAUUCCAACUCAACAACGCCAGCCAGCUCUCCAUUCAUACCACAGAGUGCAACACUGGUGUCGACGUCGAAUCUGUUCACUUUCAUCGAAGAUCAGAGCCACUCGAAGAGAAACUGAUCACCAAUUGGACGCUGCUUCAUCUCUUUCCACAAUUGUCACCACGCACCCACUCUUCCUGCUUCAAUUUUGCAUUCACUGCUUCCUCACAACAGUGCUAAUACGGUGUCAAUCUUCGUCAUUCCGGAGAAACACCUGUGUUAUACCCAAAGCU